AGGAAAAGAAAGGAAAGAAAAAAAAAAAACUACGAACGAACAGAAAGUAUUGCUGAUAGAGGGCAGCACGGCGCUUAAGGAGGAGGACGACAAGAUGGCGGCGCCCUCGCUGCUGAGCUGUGGGCGGGUAGCUGCUCGCAAGGCGGUGCGGCUGGAGGCCUGGGGGCUCCGAGGGGCGACGCUGUGCACCCGGCCAGGAGGCUCCCGGACGCCGCCGGACAGCAUAUCUGCAAAAGAAGGUGGGAGCACACUGAACACUAAUCCAAAGGAAGUUUCAAAACCUGAUGAAGAUCUGAGAAUGUUGAUGUCAAGAAAAACUGUGGUUGCGUUUCCUCAACGAGUGAUUGUUUCUUCCCUUGAGGAGGCAAGACUCAGUAAAAUUGCAAAAGGAGGAGGCAUAAGGAAAGAACUAGCUGAAGAAGAAACUUCGUCUUCAUCCAGCUCGGAUUCAGAUUCUAGCUCAGAUUCUGAAGAUGAAAGGGAUGAUGGUGAUGAGUCGGGAGUUUUCAUUAAAACCAGAGUGGAGUUUCCUAGGCGAGAUUCCAUCUUUUCUGAGAACAUUCCUAUAAAGACAUCACAGCUACCAAAAGAUUAUUUGCCCCAGAAAGACCACAAAGAAUACGUAGCUAAGAAGAAGCCAAGCAAAAUGGAAAUGGAUGUACCUACUAUCAAGCAGGUUGCAUUUUCUAAAGCACCAGUCAGUCAUGCAACAUUAAAAUCCAAAGCAAGAGACCCGAACACAAAAUCAACACCAAAAGGAGCAGAUCAGCAGAAGUUAGUCUUAGAACCACACUUGAAUAAAAACCAAGACUUGACAGAUGCCACUCUUAAAUCUGACUAUUUGGAGGAAAAGUCCCUGGGAGCCCAAACAGCAACUACUCAGCUGACAGCUCCAUCAGUGACUCGGGAAGACAAAAAGCAAAACCUGAUAUCCAGAGGGGAAGAUAAAAAUGUAAAGGAGACACAGAAAUCAGAAGCGGUAAAGGUAGCUUCUCCUAAACAGGAAGAGGAGAUUUCUGAAAGCACAGUGUUGGUGAUGGGUACAAAGGAAGAGACUGUUCAGGAAGCAGGAGUCCAAGCUGGAGAAAGCAGCACCAUAGAUGAGGCUACAGCAGCUGCUCAGCCUGCUCCAGAAGAAUUUGACAAUUCUACCUACAAGAACCUCCAGCACCAUGAAUAUAAUAUCUACACCUUCGUUGAUUCUCUUGUGGUUCUCUCAAAAUUCAGGCAGCCGCAGCCAUCUUCUGGAAGACCAUCGCCAAGGCACUGAAAGAACCACAACUAAAUGCACAAGCAGAAUGAUAAAUUCUUCUAUUUAGCUCUGAUGUAUUAUCUGUUAUAAAUCAAUAAAUGCAUGAUAAGUAAUGCUUGAGCUUUCGAACAGUUUUUGUUUCUUGGAGUCCCUCACUUCCCGAUUUUUAUGAUCAAGCUACGGGUCAA